UAAUCAUUUAUUUAAAAAAUUGGGAACAUUUCGAAAUCACACCAUAAAACCUAACAUAGUAAAGUCAAGAUAGUAUAACCAAAUUUAACCAUUAAACUCGCGUACUACUCCUUUGCUUGUUCAUGUUUUGAGAAAUUCGCCCGAAAAAUGUUCGGAAAAGUGAUCGUAACUGUGAAAGAAGGUAACAUACUCGGAUUUAAAAGAAAAACGUAUUAUUCUGGAGUAGAGUUCUACACGUUUCUUGGAGUACCUUACGGACAAUCAACCGCUGGCUCGGCUCGUUUCGAAGAUCCAGUCAAAGUGAAACCAUGGAAAAAAGUCUUGAAUGCGACAGUUGAGAAGGGAGGCUGCAAGCAAUAUGCCAUAUGGAAAAAAAAAAUACAAGGUUCGGAAGAUUGCUUGUAUAAUAACAUUUAUACGCCGAAGUUACCAUCGGAAGGAGAGCCUUUGAAAGCAGUCAUGGUGAAUGUUCACCCAGGAGGACUUUUUCACGGUUCGCCGGAUCCGUCCUACUUCGGAAAUCCUGGCUACAUAAUGCACAAAGAUGUAGUAUACGUAUGUCUCGCAUAUCGAUUAUACAUUUUAGGAGCGUUGAACUUGCACAUGGAAAACUGUUCAGGUAAUCAAGGUUUGAAAGAUGCAAUACUUAGUCUAGAGUGGAUCAAAGACAACAUCAGUGCGUUUGGAGGUGAUCCCAAUAAUAUAACCUUGAUGGGCAGCAGCAGCGGUGCUGCACUGGUUCAUGCUAUACUGUUGUCACCUUUGGCCAAAGGUUUAUUCCAUAAAGCGAUUCUCAUGGGAAUGUAUGCAUUUAGUCCAGUUAUGAUUACACCACGUGAUCAUGUAUCCAUAGCUUAUGAUUUAGCCAUAAAGCUCGGUUAUGACGGCGAACCGACAAAUCAUGAAAAGUUGCUCGAUUUUUUCAAAAAUGUGGACUACAAUCGAGUGUUGAUGAUAAAGCGCGAGCAAUUAUUUGGCGAUAUUACAACGGAUGUUUUUCCUGUUUCGGUGUUCGCGACUACUCCAGAACUGAGAGAAAGUUCACCUUUACCCGCAUCGCUAGAGAAACUCAUUCCAUGGACAAAUCGUGUGCCGAUAAUGAUUGGAUUUUGCGAAAAAGAAGCUUGUAUGACUCUUUUAAGACACGAAGAUUUCAAGAAAUCAAUCAGCACCGCUUUUGGCAAAAUUAUUCAACAGAAUUCUUGGGGAUGGGGAGCUUUUUUGGAUGAUUGCGAGCUGAAACUAGUUCAAAAAGAAGUGGAUGCGUUCUAUUUAGCUGGAAAGUCUAUAGAAACUGCGUCGCUAACAGUUUUAUGCGAUAUUUUAACAGAUGCUGCCAUGUCUGACGUUUAUGGUUCAUUAAUAAACGUUUUAUCGGAAGAUCAUCUUUCGCCGGUAUAUGUAUACAAUUUUCUUUACGAUGGUGAAUUAGAUCCAAUGAAAGCCAGAAUAAAUGCGCGACUGCAAACGGAACUAAAAGGAACGUGCCAUGCUGCCGACUACGGCUACUGGCAUCAUUAUGAAGAACUCGUCUGCAGAGACAUGUGCAACUUGAGGCCGAACGAUCGAAGAACAAUCGACACGCUUACAAGCCUAUUGACUAGUUUCGCUAAAACAUCAAAUCCUAAUUAUGAAGAAAUGGAAGUCGAAUGGAAACCUACAACUCUCGCACAUCCGAGUCAUUUAAUCAUCGACGAGAAGCUAGAAGUCAGAGACCAGCUACUAAAUGGCGAACGAAUGCAAUUUUGGCACAGCUUGAAGAAUAAAUUUCAGAAAAAUUACAAAAAUGUAUGAAUAAAAUGUUGGGAUGAGGAACGAAUUGUAUUUUAUGAAUACUUAGCAAAAACUGAAAUAAAAUUUUUAAAAAAAAUAAUAAAAAAAAACUAGACCCAUAAACAACCGUUUCUUUGAACACGAUGAAAAUGGUAAUGACCUAGGUUAUUUCUCUAUAAUCGUUGUUUGUGACGUCACAUUUCGCAAUUAAAAUUAUCUCGAGUAAUGUGCAAAUAAUUAUGAUUAUAUAACUCGACACAGCUAUCAUAUGUAAUGAACAUCAAAUUAAAAUCGAUUCGCAAAAUUAACUAGGAUUAAAAAGAAAACGAGUGUACGAUAACCUAUUAAAUUUUUAAGAUCUUGUU